ACCACGGCUAAGGGCUGUGUCCUAAGAACAACACUUAGCCAUGGUAUAUUGGCCAUAUACCACACCUCGUCAGGCCUUGUUGCUUAAUCAUAGCAGUCAAAACAAGUUAACUCGACAUCCAUUGACGGAAAAUUAUCUGGCGAGUUAAGGGCAAAUUAUAUUUUCUCUUGCAACAUAUUUUUAAGCUCACAAUCAUUACUAUUUUGAUGGAAAACAAAAUUUUGCUUCUUAGCCUAUGUCGUUAUAAAUUACUUUGAUUUCCUUCUUAAAAUGCUUGACAACCUUAUGGAAAAAGGGUUAAUCAAAUAAAUGUGGCAGCUCCUCUCUUGCUGCGAAAACAAAAUGUUGGGCUAGUUUUCAGGCUUCGUGAGCGGGUUUUGAUAGAUCAUUGGGCUAGAAAUUUUAACUAGACCUGGCAACCCUAAGUAGGAGGUAUCUUUGAAAGUGAACGUAACCUAUUACAGUUUCGUCUUUGUCGGACCUAAAUCUUUGUACGGUCUUGUCUCUAGUCUAGACAAAUAUGUAGAAUUUGAACUGUGACAUUUGAGUUAUUAUUUUUGUCCCUAGUGUUGUGUAUUUUGAAUUAAUAAAUAUAAUGUUUUAGUCAAUUGAAUCGGCUUAAGUGAGACAAAAAGUGCAUUUAGUAGCAGAGUGGUUUCCAAACAAGCUCACCUGAAACAGAAAACGUCGGUAUUUCUUCAUGGUAGGAGAGGCCUACUCGCAAGUGGCAACAAGUCUGUCAUUUACAUGCAUUUCAUCUAUCGUCAAUAUUUAACCUUCAUCCACAAAUGUGUGUUUAUUUUUUAUUACAUCCACAGGUGUGUGCUGUCUGGCACUGGUCAAGUAGCCAUUGACUUCAGACUUUGAACUGUGACCCUGAACCUGUACCCCUGAGGUUCUCCAGGAUGGCAGGGUGAGGGGCUGACACGAUGGAACAUGAUGGAGGGGACACAAUAUCAGAUGUCAGUUUUCCAUUUGGAGAGGGGGUGUCUGAAUGAGGAAGAAAUAGUAUCUCUGUGUCUGAUGAGGGAGAGGAGGCUUUCUAUGUGCCUGAAAGGAGACCCUCCCUGGGCCUGGGCAAUGGCCUGAGACCCAUGUACAGGGCGCAUGUCACGUGUCAACAGUAAUGUUUCCUAUUUGUCCAAGUCUUGAUCCUUUCACUAUCCAUCCUCAAUCAUUGAUAUUUGGUGUGUGUUUAGUAGGCAUGAUGUGAAAAGGGCUCGAUCAUUGUCCAUGUGAUGUUCUAUGUACAGAGUCCAGCAGCAAAGAACAGAGUCUUACUCCAGCUGCUACUCUGUGGACAGUGAUGACUGUGAGACCAGAACCAGGAAGUCUCAAAGUUUCCUGCAGUGGAACUUCCUCCAAGACCAGAGCUGAUCAAAAACCCAGAUGAGAAGAGGCACCCUGCCCUGACUGUAGACUUCACCUUCAAGGCCAUCAGGAAGACAGUGGAGAAGCUGGGGAAGGAUGAUCUGAGGAAGUUUAAGAUCACGCUGUGGAAGCGUUACCCAGAGUCGCUCAGUGCUCCUCCCCAGGGCAUGGACAUGGUGACUUGGUGGACAGGUUGCUGGAGUGUUAUGACCUAGAGGUGGUCCUGCAGCUCACCAAGGCCCUGUCGAAGGACAUGGGCCUCAAGCGCCUGACUGACUUCCUCAGGGACAUUUGCAAAAGAAACAAAGGCAACGCUGGGCCUAAUAUCCAGCACGAGGUCAGAAACAUUGAAAAGCUGUCCACCAAUCGCAAGGAGAAGCUGAUCACCUGCAGGCAAAUAUUUGACCCCAAUAUGAUCUAUGAGAAGCAUGUCAGGUCUAUAGUCACCAACGGCAUCGCCAGGGUGGGGAAGUCUGUGGCUGUGCAGAAGUUCAUUAUGGACUGGGCUGAGGACCGGAAGCACAAGCGUGUCUACUUCCUGUUCCCACUGCCCUUCAAAGAGCUCAACCUCAUGCUGGAUCUAAAGUCCUGCCUCCUGGAGAUCGUCCACGCCCUCUACCCUGAGACCAAGGUGCUGCCCAACUUCAAGUGCUGCGACGGCAAGGUCAUGUUCGUCUGUGACGGGCUGGACGAGUAUGCACGUCCCCUGGACUUUCACCUCACUGAGACUUGGUGUGAUAGCACCGAGCUGGCCAUGAUGCAUGUGGUGCUGACCAACCUGAUCAGGGGCAACCUGCUCCCCUCCUCCCUCUGGGUCAUCUCCCGCCCACUCACCUACAGUCGGCUGCCCCUAGAAGCUGUGUACCAGGUGUUGGAAGUGCGCGGCUUCACUGAUGAACAGGAGUACUUCAGGAGGAGAUUUGAGGACCCGGCGCAGGCCGAUAAGGUGAUAGCCCACCUGACCUCCUGCAAGACCCUCCACAUCAUGUGCCAUCUGCCCAUGUUCUGCUGGGUGGUGCGCGGACUGUUCCAGCGCACGUUCUGGGAGAAGGGGCCGGAUGUAGAGCUCCCCAAGGGGCUGACCCUGAUGUACAUCCACUUGCUCUUGGUGCACCUGCGUGUGCGUGGCGCCAGGGGCUCGGCCUCUCACACCCCAGAAGAGGAGAGGGACUUUCUGAUGAAGCUGGGCAAGCUGGCCUUCACAAUGCUUGAGAAGAACCAGAUGGUCAUUGGCAAGGCCACCUGGAAAGACUGUGGGGUGGAGGUCGCUGAGGCUGUCACUAAGAGUGGCCUGUGCAAUGAGUUCCUGAUCGAGCAGUUUGUCAUGUACCAGGAGAAGGUCCAGACCUUCAUUCACCCCACCAUCCAGGAAUACCUGGCUGCCCUCUACAUGUUCCUCACCUGGAGGUGCACAGGGAAGAACAUCCUGGAGCAGCCGCUGAAAAGCAAGUUCUCACUCAUGUUCAAGAACCCCAGUCUGCUGGACAUGCACCGCAGCGUCAUAGAGAGGAGCCUGCAGAGCCCCGAUGGAAACCUGGACGUCUACCUGCGCUUCCUCUUGAGCAUGGCCCAGAAUGCCAAUCAGGAGCAGCUGCAACGCUUCCUACCCAAUAAGAGCAAGUGCUCGUCUGUCUCUGAGGAGAGCCUCCAUCAUCAAGAAGAUGAUCAAAGAAAACCACCACCCUGAAAGGAACGCCAACCUGCAGUGUUGUCUAAAAUUGCUAGGGGUUGGUGCUGAAGCUCCCAGCCACAGCCGCUCUAACUUUGUGAAUAACCACUGACUGGUAAUACUCUGAUGACAGUAUUUAUAAAGACAAAGAGAGUGUUGUUAGGUUAAGGGAAUUGGGGAAGAAACAUAUGGAUACUUCAGGGUUGCUUUGUAACAAAAAAGUACUAUCUGUGGAUAAGUACAAAUCUGUAAUGUGAAAAGCAGCCACAAGGUGGCAGUAGCAGUACACUAUACUACUAAGAGAGGCAGUGAGGUCACCGGGCUAUAGUGAGGGGUUGUCAAAAUAAGAGUCAAAGGGAUGUGUGAAACCAAUUAAGCCAUUGAAAAUGUAUAUUUAUAGGCCAUUACACAUGUAUUGACUAUACACAAAAUAUAACAUUGUCAUUAUGAUGCUUUACAUAAAUAGUGAGCUAAUGUAAACGCACUCUUAUCAAUGCUUGGUAUGUGUUUACAAGGUUUACACAAAUGACAUGAUGCAAUCUUAUUUGCAAUGGCUGCCUACUUCCAGGACAUGUAUGGUGUUGCUUUGUCAUGAUAAAACACAACUUAAUCAAUUUCUAACAGAGAUGUGAAAGAAUAACGGCAGAUUAAGAGAAGUUCCCUUGAACUAAAUCAUCUUUAACCUAGGUUACAGUUGUGAGAGUCAGUUCAUUAAACAAAUGUGUAUGGUCACAAUUUUAAUGUAUUCUUUUUCAUCCAUCCUUUCUUAGUCGUCAGUUUCUUUUGAGUCCUCAAGAUUAUUGCAUUAGAAUCCAUACUUGACUAUUGCCACUAGAUAGAGCAAUAGAAGGGCUUUUUGUCAGUAAGUGUUCAUUGUCUUUUUCACUGAACUAUGGAUGAUGCAUGAGUGGACUAAGUCCAUUCGUCAUCUCAUUUCUUGCUAGCGUGUUUUUCUUUGGUCCUUUUUCCUAUGUCUUUUCUCAUUGUUCUCUCCUCGGUUUGGUGUUGGGAGUGGGUGAAGGAGGGGGAAAUAUAGCCUUGUGAUUGGUCAUCAGUGUGACAGUCCUUUGGUCAAGCCCAGCCGGGCUGUUUAUCACACAGGUAAAGGUGGACCUGAAGUCCUCUGCAGUCACGCUCUUAAACACCAGACUCCUCUGCAACACCCUGCCGUCCUCAGAAACUGAUCUGAAACAAAC